UUGAGCUGCCUCUAUAACUGUGAUUACUUGAAAAGAUAAUGUUUUCAUAGCCUGAAAACUUUGACACCUUUCAAAUAAUACUUUCAUAAGUAGUCUUUUCAACACUUUGAAUGCUUCCACGUUUGAUUCAGUUUCUUCUUAAUAAAAAGACUAUGAUUCACUAUUGUCUGUAAAAAGUCAAGUGCCAUCACUAUGCUGCAUUGACAUAGAGAAAUUAAAGAUAACAGAAAUUUGAUUGGAUCUUGACGCAUGAAGGCAUUACUAAGAGAGUUUUUACAUAUCCUUGCUGCUGUAUUUCUAUUCCAUCCAUCAUAGCUAUGGCGCCACAGAUACCAUAACUACAACUCAUUUUCUGAAAGAUGGCGAUGCCAAUAUUACUUCAUCUGGCGGAACCUUCGAAAUGGGGUUCUUCAGUCCAGGUAAUUCUAAGCUUCGAUAUGUGGGCAUGUGGUACAAGAACAUAUCUGUUAUGACAGUUGUUUGGGUUGCCAACAGAGAAGCUCCUUUGACCAGUGGAUCAGGUAUCCUUAAGGUCAUUGAGCCAGGACUUCUUGUCCUUCUCAAUGGUACUAACGAUGUUGUGUGGUCAACUAAUACCUCUAGAUCUGUGCAGAAUCCCGUUGCACAGUUGCUGGAUUCCGGAAAUCUUGUAGUCAAAGAAGCUGGUGGUGGCAAUUUUCUUUGGCAGAGUUUUGAUCACCCGACUGAUACACUAUUACCAGGAAUGAAGCUUGGUUGGAACUUUGUAACUGGCCGAGAGGUGUACUUGUCGUCAUGGAAGAACGACGAGGAUCCAACUCCCGGUGAUUAUACAUACCACUGUGAUCCUUCUGGUUAUCCUCAGAACUUUCUGAAGAAGGGCUCAGAUUCGUAUAUUGCUCUGGACCGUGGAAUGGUCGCUCUUUUAGUGGGACACAAAACUCGAGAGAAGGUCCUUUCUAUACAUUUGGAGUAUUCUCAAGUUUGGAUUUGGGGUGAUGGAAAACAGGGUUGGGUCCCUUUCCUCUUAAUACCAGCAGAUAACUGUGAUAUGUAUAAGUUGUGUGGCGCAUAUGGUAGCUGCAACAGUCAAGAUUCUCCUGUAUGUGGAUGCUUAGACAAAUUUGUGCCCAAGAAUACUGAAGCUUGGAAGAAGACAGACUGGUCAGGUGGCUGUGUUCGGAGAACUGAACAAAAUUGUCUUCGAGGAAACGUAUUUUUGAAGUAUCCACAUAUCAAAUUGCCGGACACCCGGAAUUCGUGGUCCAAUGUGAAUAUGACACUAGAAGAAUGCCAGAAUAUCUGCUCUAAAAAUUGCUCCUGUAUGGCUUACUCAAAUCCUGACAUACGUGAUGGAGGAAGUGGAUGUUUAUUGUGGUUUGAGGAUCUGCUUGACAUUCGGCAGGGACCCAAUGGAGGGCAAGAUAUCUACAUUAGAAUGGCUGCUUCUGAAUCAGACAAUCUGGAAAAAUCGCAUGGAAAGAAAGGAAAAGUACUUUUCUGGAUUCUGCCAUUAUCAGUUGGUAUGAUUCUGGUAGUCUUUAGCCUGCUGAUCUACCAUAGAAGAAGGAAGAAGGCUUUAGCGCUUAAAAAGAAAGGAAGGUCAGGAUGCAGUGGCAAUUACAAGAUGGAUUACAACAGCGGCAAUUGCGCUGAAGGAUUUGAAAUACCACUGUUUGACUUAUCUGCCAUAGUAAAGGCCACCAAUAACUUUUCAUUUGACAGAAAGAUUGGAGAGGGGGGUUAUGGACCUGUUUACAAGGGCAUACAUGAAGAACAGGAAAUAGCUGUCAAGCGGCUAUCUAGAACUUCCACACAAGGAGAAAAUGAGUUCAAGAAUGAAGUCAUAUAUAAUUCCAAACUUCAGCAUAGGAAUCUGGUGAGGAUACUUGGCUGUUGCAUUGAAGAGGAAGAAAAAAUGCUGAUCUAUGAGUACUUGCCAAAUGGGAGUCUUGAUUCAUUUAUAUUUGAUAAUGCACGAAGCAAGGUAUUAGACUGGCCCAAGCGAUUUCACAUUAUCAAUGGUAUAGCUCGAGGACUUAUGUAUCUGCAUCAAGAUUCUCUACUGAGAAUAGUACACCGAGACUUGAAAGCUAACAACAUAUUGUUAGACAAGGACAUGAAUCCAAAGAUAUCCGACUUCUGCAUAGCAAAAAUAUGUGAAGAGGAUGACAUUGGAGCCAUGACAAACCGAGUUGUUGGAACAUAUGGGUACCUAUCACCGGAAUAUGCAGUGCGUGGGAAAUACUCAGUAAAAUCAGAUGUAUUUAGCUUUGGUAUCUUAGUGUUGGAAAUUGUGAGUGGGAAAAGCAACAGAAGGUUCUCUCAUCCAGACCAUAACCUUAAUCUACUUGGACAUGCAUGGGAACUCUAUAAAGAAGGAAGCUCAAUAGAACUACUUGAUGAAUGCCUAGGUGAUUCUUGUUCAACACCUGAAGUGCUAAGAUCAAUCUGUGUUGGUCUAUUAUGUGUCCAACAAUGUCCAGAAGAUCGUCCAAGUAUGUCUUCUGUGGUUCUGAUGUUAAACAAUGAAGGUGUAUUACCACAGGCUAAACAACCAGGUUUUUACAUAGAAAGAAAUGCACCCAAUGGUCAAUUCUCUUCUAGUCAAUAUGCACAGAGUACAGUAAGCGAGACCCCCAUCACAAUAUUAGCUGCCCGAUAGAAAACAUUGGUUCACUUGUUUUCAACAAGCUUGCAGUUAUAAUUUUUUCUUUAAUUCUUUGUAGAAAUGUGGUGAAAAAUAUUUGAGUGUAUGAUUGUGCUUUAUUGGUUUCUCAACUAUGUCAAACAUAUGUAAAUAUGAAGGCUUGCUGAUCUGCUGUUACUUCUCAAUCUCGUUUAAUUUGUAUUUUUAUAAUACUUAAUACUACGGCCUGCUUUGUUUGAUCGAGUAAUUUGCUUUCUUUUUUGUAACUUCCAA